GGUCCAUGUCGAAAUUAGUCAUCCACAAGUGGAAUACUGUUGAUGAUGGUCAGCUGUCGUUGCAAUCCAUGCUGAAGAAACUGAAGAAACAGGUAACAUUGUGUCAUUGUAGUUCAAAAGCCCUGAUCAGUUUGAGCGAUUUCCUAAUCUUGUUUCCGUGUUCAGUGCACUGCCUCAAAUACUUGCAAACUGGCAGCUUUCCCAUUUCAUCUUAAUACGAUUGCAGGGUUUUUCCCUAUUACUUACUUUUACUACGCAACUUUGAAAUUUGAAGAGCCGAUUUUUCUUUGAUCUGUGUUUUCUGGAGUGACGACAUUUCGUGCUGCUUCGAAUUCAAGUUGCAUCCAUCGCAUGCAUUACCCUUUUUGUGGCUUCAGUUGCGUGGAUUACACCUUCCAGCCAGGAUGUAGCUUCCCGGAACACACACACGCCGAAAAUAAAAUGGAUUGCAUCGUGAAUGGCCAACUUUGGUUUAAGAUGUUCGGUGAAGAAGUUAUCUUGGGUCCCGGUGACUGCUUAGAAGUCCCAAAAAAUACACCUCAUAGUGCCCGCGUCCACGGAAAAGAAACUGUCGUAUUUGUUGAUGCCACCCGCAGUUAAUAUCC